GAGUCCAUGGUCCGACAUCGCUGCCUGCUACGGGCUGAAAAUAGUGCUUGCUUGUUCGUAGGCAUAGCGAAACCACUUAGAACCACCUUUUGCGUUUCAACUAUUAUAUGACGUUCAAGUGACAUCGAGUCUCCUUUCUUUUUCUUCAAACUCGCGCCCGGAUAUUCCGAUAUCGCCGACGGUAUUCUACCGUGCAUACAAAUAUUCUCCUAGCUUCGGAUUCUCCUAGCUUCGGGUUGUUUCGUUACUGUUCGUAUAAUGUGACGUCAUAUUCGUACGACAUCACUGACAUGAAUUAGAUCUAGGUCGGGACAAGAACGUUCGAAAGGUUCGCUAGCCGCACUCACUGCAUAGACACGAAACCUGCGCUAAGCGGAGAGCGUACGCUGAAUUUGAGAUGCGCGCCUUAAGUCUUGCAAGACCCAAAACGCAGUGCUAAACAGCGUUCGCAGCAUGCGUAAACACGUCCAGAAUAUUGCAUAUGAUAUUGCAUUCGGCAGGAAACGGUAUGCUGACAUAUGCAUGUCGUCAGAGAAGGAUGACGGUUUUUGUAUAAAGCCCCUAGUCAUCGGUGAGUUAAAUGCCACUACCUUUGUCUCCUCCUUGAACAAGGUUUAUCCUGCCUUCGCAAAUUUCUUCCACCUCAGUGACACUCUAAAAAAAUGGGUGGAAACGCAGCCUUGGACAUAAACCCUCCUACUGCCGACAUUCACAUCUCGAGGGCCGGCUCUGACUGGCUAUGGUCGGUCUUCUGCGUUAUGGCUGCGUCCCUCCUGACGGUCAUUGCCUUCGACAUCUUGAGGCCGCGCGGAACACGACUCUUCCAUCAGCUUGGUAUCAUUAUAUUAACAACGGCAAGCUUAGCGUACUUCACGAUGGCUUCAGACCUUGGUGCGGCCCCUGUCCCCGUAGAAUUUAGAGACGUAGGGCAGACUCGUCAAGUCUUCUAUGCACGGUACAUCCAGUGGUUCAUCACCUUCCCGCUUGUCCUUCUGCAGCUCCUCCUCUUCUCCGGUCUGACUAUUGCCGAUAUCAUCACCACUCUCUACUUCGCCGGAGUCGCGGUCAUUAUGGGCCUAGCUGGUUCGGUUGUACAAAGUACAUACAAAUGGGGUUACUACACUAUUGGUGUUGUCUCCCUCAUCUACGUCUGGUAUGUGCUGCUGUGGCACGCGCCGCGAACGACAUUCCCUGCGAAUGGUGUUCUCCACUCAGGAUACUACCUCUUGGCCGCGUAUCUUACACUCAUACUCUUCACCUACCCCAUUUGCUGGGCCUGCUCUGAGGGUGGCAACGUCAUUCACCCUACCUCAGAAAUGAUCUGGUACGGCGUCCUCGAUAUCCUCGCCGGUCCGGUGUUCAUAUUCAUCGUGUUGUACAACAUCUACGGGGUGGACUACGACAUCUUCGAUUUCGCAUCUGGGAAGUACACCGAUACGCGUCGCGGCGCAACUCAACCAACUGGCCCGGCGACUACGGAGAAGGGCCCUCGCCCCACGACUGAAGCACCAGCACAACAAACUUAAUGAUUAUUCUACCUUUUCACGUUUCGCAACGCUUCCAUUUCAACCACAGUUUACGAUUCCCACCUUAACGUUACACUCCACUCACGCUUUCAACGAGAUGCGAAUACUGUAUUAUCGAGUAUUUUUUUCCACCUUAAAAGGCCUAAUCCGCUUCUUUCCUUUCUCGCCUGAAUUUUAUCUUUUGUUGUUUCCGUAUGUUGUAUAAAGUACUGUAACUAUUGGCCAAUGUCAAUAAUGUAAUUCCUCGGGCUGAGCGCGGCUAACACUCUGUAUACUGCUGCUCUGCGUCCGAUGGGUUUCCGACUUCACCUCGGAAAAUAAAUGGCUCACUAUGGAGCGAACCCAGUUCCCACUAGCC